AUGAACACCACAAAGAACAUCAUCACCCGGGCAUACCAACAACCAUGGAUGAUUGAGGAGGUCCGAAAAACGCUAAAAGCAUGGAACUCAGCCUUCAAGUGUGGUGACAGAGAGGCACUGGGGACAGCGAGAGCCAUCGUAAACCGAGCCAUCAGAUCAAGGAAAGAAAGAAGUGGCUUAAAGCGUAAUAUUCCUAAACUUUCUUCCAGCUCAGAGGACGAGCUGGAUGUGCUGCUGAACGGGACUGCAGAGCAGAAAAAGAAGCUGAUCAGGGAGUAUCUGACCGGGGAGAGCGAGUCGUCCAGUGAAGAUGAGUUUGAGAAGGAGAUGGAGGCAGAACUGAGCUCCACCAUCAGGACCAUGGAGGGAACCUGGGGACCAGCAGCUGGUGGAGGAGGAGCCGCAGGUAACGAUGGAGGUUCUGGCAGUUCCAACCCUCAGAUGUAUGACCAGGUUUACUUUGAUUCUGACUCGGAGGAGGAGGACAAACCAAGCAGCUCCACAGACCAGAGGCGCAGGCGGCGGAUCAUCCCCACUAAUGAUGAGCUGCUGUACGACCCAGACGCAGAUGACAGAGACCAGGCCUGGGUGGAUUCCAGGAGGUAUAAAAGCAGAAAGCAGCAGGACUCGGCGUCCCGUUCGCGGCCUCGCCAGUCUAAGCCGUUACCCAGCAGUGAUGCUGUGCUCAACUGUCCUGCUUGCAUGACAACGCUCUGCCUGGACUGUCAGAGGCAUGAAAAGUACCGCACACAGUACCGAGCCAUGUUCGUGAUGAACUGCGUCGUGAAGACGGAUGAGGUGCUGCGCUACAAAACGGAGCCGGAUAAAAAAAACUCGAGGAAGAGGAGGAGGGGCCAAAAGGCGUUGUUGUCAUCAAACGGGGCUACCGGCCCAACGGCAGCCGGGAUGGAGCCGGAGGAGAUUUAUCACCCGGUGAAAUGUACCGAGUGUUCCACGGAGGUGGCCGUGUUCGACAAAGACGAGGUGUACCAUUUUUUCAACAUACUGGCCAGCCACUGCUGAGGUUGACUGAACUCUUCUGUGUUCCUCCGCUUGAACCUUCAUCUGUUUCAUCCGUUUUUUAUAUUUCCAUAGCUGGUAAUAAAUCCAGUCUACUGUACUGGCAUCAUGUGUAAAUAAACAAUGGUUUUCAUGGGGUUUACUGGAUUCUGCCAAAUGUACCACUUUACUAGAACCAAAUAUUAGAUCCAAACUUUUUUCUUAAAAGGAUAAAAUUAGAGAUUUAAAGAAGCUUCAGUGGUUUUUCCUGCCUUCUUUUGCACAGCUCAAAAUAAUAAUCCAGUGCUAAUAUUGUUCCCAGUGUUACAUUUUUCUUAAUUUAACCAACCAUCAUCUGACACGCGGCCAUAAAGUCGUGUUUGUAAUGGAUUACCUAUAAACUAAAAUGUUUACCAGACUGAAAGAUUCAGGCUGAUUGAGUUUGAAUAUAGUUUAUAUCGGUUAGCUAGCUAGCUCAGCGUCUGGCUCAAGUGGGAAGUCACCUGUCCUGCAAACAGGAAGCCUGGGAAGAAUGAGCUGCAGGUGUGGGUCCUUAGGCA